AACUGCAAACAAGCCGCACACCGUUUUUGCGCCUAUUAAACGCUCUCGGCGCCCGCUAUUUUGAACGUGACUAUGGAUGUAGUAGAUGAGUGGGGACGCAAAGCCGCCGGAGAAUCAAUAACUCCUUUCUUCUCGCACCCAUCAGAUUCGCAGCUACUCUUCUCUUCUCCCUCACUCUCUCCUCCGAUUCUCCACCGCGUCCCUCACCUAACUCACGCCCGGUUUCUCACCGUCUCCGGAGGCAUCCCUCCGUCGUCUUCUUCCGCAAUCGAGUCCUCCUUCCGUAUCCCACAUCCUAACGACGAAGCCGCUAGGGUUCUCUCCUACAACCGCCUCCAGUUUCUUCCUUUCCCGGGUAAAGGUUCCGUCUUGGUUUUUUUCCCCACAGGAACUAACCUCGAUCAAAUCGGGUUCGUGGUGGUUUCCCUCUCCGGUGAUGACAUCAAAGUCAUGGGUUUGGAUAAAGAUGAAGCCUUUGUAGCGAAAGAGCGGUUCUUUUCUAGAGUUUUGAAGAUAUCAGUGCAACCGAGUAGUGAUCUGAGAGUGUGCAAUGAUGUGGGUUACGUUAUGGUUUGUUUGCUGUUUUCGGUUCAUUGGUACUGUGUCAAGUACGAUGAGUCUCGAGGCAGGCCGGUUUUGAGUUACAUUGGAGGUCAGCAGUUUAAGAGUUCUUCUGUUGCUAGCGCUUGUUGGAGCUCUCAGCUUACUGGAGAGUGUUUGGUUCUGUUAGAGAACGGCGAAGUCUUUGUGUUUGAACUUAACGAGAGGCAUGGCCGUGGAUUCAGAGGUUGCAAGAUGCAAGUUUCUUGGGAGGAUCAUCAAGGGAAGAGUUGGUUAGGGUGUGAGUUUGGUUGGAGGCUUGGGACUUUUAUCGUUGCUCGGUCUGAUGCAGUCUUUGUUAUCACCAGAAGCUCUGGGAGUUGUUGUAGUGUGAGAGCUUUGUUGGAGUCUGAGAGUCUGGACAUGGCUGGAACUGAAGAGUUUGUUGCGUUUGCCAAGGCGGGUAGUAACGAUAGUUUUCGGUUUCUUCUUGCUUCUAGUAGCUAUAUGUAUCUUUGUGAUCAGAGGUCAGGAGUGCCUUUGUUGAAAUGGCAGCACGAUGUUGAGAAGCCUUGCUUUAUGGAUGUCUAUAGCUUGUCCGAUCUCGGGUUUCGGACAGAUAAAUCAACUACUUCCUGCGUUGUAGUAGGUUCGUUUUGGAAUGCAGAGUCUCAGAUGUUCUGUUAUGGACCUUCUCCUUCUGUUGCCAAUGAUUCUUCUUCCUUGUAUGUUUGGGAGCUUCCACACAAUCUACUCUCACCAGCUGGUAAAUGUCUAUGUGGAGAUUGUGCAAUUAAAGAAGUGAUAAUGAAAGAGUCUCUCCCUGUGUGGAUUGAUUGGCAGAAGAAGAGAGUUCUUGUUCUUGGUUUUGGAGUUUUAAACAAGUACCUUCCACCACUCAGUUCAUCAGAUGAGUUUACUUUGAUUCAGUUAAAAUCCUCGGGGAAGCUAGAAGCACUCAAGUUUCGUUCUUCUCCUAGCUUGGGAGGAGUAGUGACUCACAGAGACUCCACCUCUGACGAGGUGAACUUAUUGUACUUCCCUGAUGAUAACAUAUACAAACUCCCUCGUCGGUUCAAGUACCUCGAACUAGACUAUCUCUCUGCUUACACAAAAGGGAACCUCGCCAAGUUCUUAGAAUCGAGGAUGAGUAAAAAGAGAUCCUCAGGAGGUUCGAAGAAGAAGAGCGAUCCUCUUAGCUUAACCUACCAUGAGGAGCUAUGCGAGAAGCUGAAUCUCUGCGGGUUCGGUAGAGAUAGAUGCUCCUCCACAGUUACUGCAGUCUUCGACAGUAUCAACUCACCAACAAGCGUUUUCGAUAUCGCGUUGAGAGAGACCUGGUCAAGCUUACCUAUAGAGCUUUUGUUGCUUGCGUUCUCAAACUACACUGAGGUUGAAGGUGUUCUGUUAGACAAGAAGAAACCGUCUCUCGAGUUCUUAUCUGUUCCUGACUUGCCACAGUUGCCGCCUUUCCUCUUAAGGAAACCGUCACGGAGAAGUAGCAAAUGGUCGAAGAAGGUGCGGCCUGGUGUUGACCUCAUUGGUCCUGUUCUCCCACUCCCAGUCCUCUUAACAUUACACGAGCUCCGCAACGGCUGUGUAAAUUCAGAACAACAAGAGUUAUUCUCGCCAGAUGCAGAGUUCGCUGAGAGGUGCAACCAAAUCUCCAAAGCGGCUAGUGAAAUGACGAACUCAGGUGCAGGUGAGACAAUCAUAUCACUUGACGAUGACAUGUGGCUUUCACAGAAGGAGAAGAAGCGGUUCAUUGCUUAUUCUCCAAUCACAAAGACGGAUGAUUCAGAAGAGCUCACAAAGUUUGUCUCCAAAGUGCGUCGUAAAGACAGUGAUGAUGAUGUUGUAGGUGGAGGAAGAUCAGGGCUUGAGUUGCUGGAUGAUAUGUCUCCGGUAGAGAUUUGCUUCGAAGACCGUGAUGCAAGUUUCGAUAUGAAGGCUUUGUUUAUGUGCAAGGCGCUUGUCUCUCAAUGGCAAGAUCGUUCUACUCCAUAUCAAGACUUUCUUUCUCAGUACCAUCUCCAUAAAUGAGUUAUAAGUACACGCACGGCUUUGUUUUGUCUUCACCGACCAGUUUUGUAUGAUGUGAUAAUUUAAUUUUUGUAGUACAUUCACGUUUAUGGAUAAGGAAGUGCAACUCUGUAUACUGCUUUCUUCUUCUA